GAUUCCAUGAGGUGAGGUCAUGCAUUGCGCGCUCUUUCUCAAUCCGCUUCAUCGUCGUCCAUUCUUAUCUGCCUCUCUGCUGCACAUCCGUAGAAUGUCUCUGAAAACUCUUGGUGUACUACCGGCCUCUGAUCUCAAGGAUGGUCAAAUGAAGGAGGUUGCGUUCGGAGACGGAAGGGUCCUGCUCUCCAGGCUCGGGGAUAAGAUUCAUGCUACCUCUGCAUUCUGCACUCACUACGGAGCUCCCCUUGCGAAAGGUGUGCUGGCUGCGGAUGGCCGGGUUGUUUGCCCCUGGCAUGGAGCUUGCUUUAACGUGUGCACCGGAGAUAUCGAGGAAGCGCCUGCCCCCAAUGCGCUGCAUUCUUUCCAAGCCAAGAUCGUCGAUGACCAGAUUUUUGUUACGGCUGACCCGUCUGCGACGCUCAAGGACAACCUAGCCCGACCUCCGAAGCUCUCUACCAGUGGGAACACGGCCGGGGACGGAGUUGUUAUCGUCGGCGGUGGAUCGGCAACGUUCCAUGCGAUCGAAAGUCUGAGAGAGGCUAGACUUAACGGAUUCAAAGGCCCGAUCACCAUACUGACCAAAGAACGGCACACUCCGAUCGACCGAACAAAAUUAAGCAAAGCAUUGAUCACCGAUGCGUCCAAGAUCGAAUACCGCAGUGCAGCUGAUCUCAAAAUCAAGUAUGGCACCAACAUUCGUGUCGGUGUGACGGCGACAUCGAUCAACUUUGAGAAGAAACAAGUCAUCCUGGAGGGGGGCAAGGAUACUGUGAGCUACGAGAAGCUCAUCUUGGCACCAGGAGGAGUCCCUCGCAGACUGCCCAUUCCAGGCGCUGAGCUGUCGAAUGUAUUCACUCUUCGCAGUGUCGAGGACACGAAGAAAAUCGACGCUGCUGCACAAGAGGGCAAACGCUUGGUCGUCAUCGGAUCCUCCUUCAUCAGCAUGGAACUUGUUGCUGCCGUCGCGAAAAGGAAAUUGACGUCUAUCGAUGUCAUCGGGAUGGAGGAGUACCCAUUCGAAGUCGUUCUGGGCAAGGAAGUCGGGAAGGCUUUACAGAAGAUUCACGAAGCGAACGGCGUCAAGUUUCACAUGGGAGCCAAGGUCGACAAGAUAGUGGCCAACGAAAGCGACGAAUCGAUUGCUACUUCAGUCGUCGUCAACGGGGAAACGCUUCCGUGUGACUUCGUUGUCAUGGGUGUUGGUGUUGCUCCUGCGACGCAAUUCCUCAAGGAUAGCGGCAUGACUUUGGAGAAGGAUGGCGGGCUCAAGGUUGACGAAUAUCUGGCUGUGCCCGGUUAUCCUGAUGUCUACGCUGCGGGUGACAUCGUCCACUACCCGAUGGCGGCUGCUGGAGAACACAAGCGAAUCGAGCACUGGAAUGUUGCUGGGAACCACGGCCGAGCUAUCGGCAAAACUAUCUCGGGCGUGUCCGAGCCCUUUAACCUGGUUCCCAUCUUUUGGAGCGCUCAGGGCCAACAACUUCGCUACUGUGGUGUCGGUGCAGGAUUCGACGAUGUAUUCAUCAAAGGAGAUCUUGAAAAGUAUCAGUUCAUCGCGUACUACAUCAAGCAAGGCAAGGUCGUUGCAGUUGCCACUAUGGGAAGCGACCCCGUCGUCAGCGCUAGUGCAGAGCUCAUCAGACUAGGACUCAUGCCGUCGGCAGAGGAAAUCAAGGCCGGAAAAGACCCUCUUUCCGUGGACAUCUCUACUAUUAGCGCGUUGAAAAAGUAGUUUCGCACGAAUAAACCAAUGUACAGUGUAAAAACGCGCGCAGUCGCGAGGCUCAC